AUGCCUGCACCCACUGAACCCCAACCAUCCUCGAUAUCCGACGUCAGUGACAAUGCUCAGCCGGAACACACAUCGAAUUACCCGGAACCACUUGAUGCUGGUUCCUCACUACCCAGCUCGCAACAAUUCAUUAAAAUUAACUCGGAGAGCUCCCCAGUGGACCAUGUUGUCCAUGGCCUACAGAGGGCUGUGCAGGACAUUGAUAUUAACCUGCGAAAAGACCAGGAAGGGUCAUCAUCCUCAGUAGAAGACCAAGAAAGCGGCCUUCCUAAACGAGACAACUUUUUCGACGAUGAUCGCACCCAUCUCUCUACUUCCUCUACCAAAAUGAACAACUUCGACUCCAAGAGCCUAGCCUCAGUGACCACGUUUGCAAUGGAUGAAAAAGACUCUGUUCGACCUGAUGACAGUGCCAGCGUCCAGGCUAUUGAUGAGGAGGAAUCUCUGUCAGGACUUGCAUCAGGGGCACCAAACUCAGUCACAGGCUCUGAGGCUGGUGGCCGCGGAUACCGUGAUCAGUUCCGAGAUGGCAGUGGCCAACGAGCCCGUGGCAUUCUCACUGUGCCUAACCUUUACAAUGGUGGGAUUCAGCGGGCUGUUGGUACCAUUCCUUCAGACUCCGUAUCCAACAAUUUCGUGGUCCCUGCCAACCCUGGCUGUUUGCCGGAUGACCAAGCCUUACAUGGAUUUCCUCUCGAGCCCGAUGAGAAGCUGUUAGAAGCGAUGAAAUCCCCUAAGGAUCGUCUCCUGAUUCUUCAGUUGGAGGACAGGAUAAGGUGUUUUAUCCAAGACGAUAGUGAGCAAUCACUAGAACUGCCACCAUCUAAUGCAUUUGGACGGCUUCUUGCACAUAAGCUGGGGGAUUAUUACCAUCUUACGCACUUUGUGGAUAACAAUGUGACAUCAGUCCGGCUUCAUCGGACACCUUUUUGCCGACUCCCCACGCCUUUAUCUGAGAUACAUGCUGCCAACAAUGCUACACCCCCUCCAACCCUUCCGGCUAUGAAAAUCAUGCGUCGAGCAGACUUAGAACGGCCUUCUGUUGAGGGCAGUGUAGCAGCCAGUUCAUCUGCCCCGUCAAAAGCCCCAUCUGAAGCUGGCGAUGGGCAAGAUUCAGGAUCCUCCGGAGGAUCCCCGGCCAAGGAUCGCCUCGCGCUGACAAGAGAGGAACGCGAAGCCAAAUAUAAUCAGGCUCGUGAGCGAAUUUUCCGGGAUUUCCCUGACAGUGCCAAAUCGGACCCGGCUAGUGGCGAUUCAAACCCCAACAUGUCUCGCUCUAGCUCAACAACUGGACGUAAAAAGAACAGCAGACAGCGGACGCCUCACGAUGACGGAUUCGAGGCCCGUUCUCAAUUCAAUGCCUACUAUCCAGGUGUACCCUACAGCAAUGGCUCGGCCCAAUACGGCGGUGGAAGUAUCAACGAUGCAUCUUACAAUAACCAGGUACCUUACCUGGUGGGACCGGGUGUGCAGCCACCAACUAAUGGCUUUGUGCCUUCUGGUGGGAAUGGCACGGUGUAUCCUGGAAAUAUGGGCACUGGAACCAUGGGUGGGAACAUGGGUGGGAACAAUGUGCCACAGUAUCCAGUGGGGAUUUCACCGCAAAUGGCUUCUAAUGGCUCGUGGCAGGGAGCAAACAUGCCGCAGCAAUCUCCAUACCCUGGAUACGCAUCGAUGAAUCAGUCUGGCAUAAUGAGCCAACAAUCAUCCACCAAAUCGUCGCCGGCCAUGGGUAGCUUUGCCGUCCCUCAGUCUGCUCCAUACCAACAACCCCCAGUCUGGAAUGGCCAGUCUUAUCAAGGGAAUUACCAGCAAGUUCCCCACCAACAAGCUCCCCAUCAGCGGACCCAAGCUCCUGUUCACUGGCCCAACUACCCCCCUACUCAGUCGAUGACCCCCAAUAUGGCAUCCUAUCCUUAUGCCCAAUAUCCUGGGCAGCAUCUGAAUUCUUCUAUGCAGAACCCCAAUGGUUCUUCGAUGCCGGGAAAUAUGCCAAGAUCUCACUUCAAUCCUCAGACGCGUUCGUUUGUCCCCGGAGGUGCACCGGUACCCCGUCAUCCAAUGCCACCAUAUCCUAACAUGGGCCCCGGAGCCCAAGGCCAGUGGAAUGGAUACCCUGAUCCCGCCUUCAACCGCAAUAUUGACCACGGCAACCAAGGCCGUCCCUCCACCAUCUCCCGCGAUUCGAUCGCAAAAUGGGGUACCCCUUCUCACCUUCCCCCUAAACCUCCACCAUCUGAGGUCCCCUCUGAGUUCGAUUUGAAGCAUCGAGCCGGGCCCACCGUCAUGUCCACAUCCCCAUCCUACCCUAGCGGAAUAGUCGGGGCCAAAAACGGCCCUUUCGUGGUCUCCGGAGGCAACUCCAUCCCGAAGACGCACUAG